AUGGGGGGACAAAGUUCUAAAGAGGAAAAUUUGAGGCAGGAUUCAUCUUUGCGGUCAAGUUCAUCUGCUUCUGCUUCUUCGUGGAAUUCAUAUCCUGAUCCUCAUUUGGGUUACGGUCAGGGUGGUUAUCCAUAUAGCUAUGAUGCACAACAGCCUUAUCAACCGUAUUAUGAUACCCGGCCUCCUCCUCCUCCACAAAAUUAUGACCAUGAGCCUCAUACUAGUGGUAGAGUGCCCCGUCAAGACGAUAAGAGAAAGUUAGAGAGGAAAUACUCAAGGAUUGCUGAUAAUUACAACUCCAUAGAUGAGGUGACCGAGGCUCUUGCACGUGCAGGCCUUGAGUCUUCCAAUCUUAUUCUUGGAAUUGAUUUCACCAAGAGCAAUGAGUGGACAGGAAAGCAUUCAUUUAACAGAAAAAGUUUGCAUCACAUCGGGAAUGGUCCAAAUCCCUAUGAACAAGCAAUAUCCAUUGUUGGAAAAACCUUGGCCGCAUUUGAUGAGGAUAACUUGAUUCCUUGUUUUGGAUUUGGAGAUGCAUCAACACAUGAUCAAGAUGUCUUCAGUUUCUAUCCAGACGAAAGAUUUUGCAAUGGAUUUGAAGAAGUUUUAAGUCGGUAUAGGGAAAUUGUUCCUAAUAUUCGACUUGCAGGCCCUACAUCCUUUGCACCCGUUGUUGAAAUGGCAAUGACAAUUGUUGAGCAAAGUGGAGGCCAAUACCAUGUUUUAGUGAUAAUUGCAGAUGGCCAGGUUACAAGAAGUAUUGACACUGAUCAAGCGAGGCUUAGUCCACAGGAACAGAAAACUGUGGAUGCCAUUGUUGAAGCCAGUAAAUUUCCUCUUUCAAUCAUAUUGGUCGGUGUUGGAGAUGGGCCUUGGGACAUGAUGAAGGAGUUUGAUGACAAUAUGCCAGCCAGGGUCUUUGAUAAUUUUCAGUUUGUGAAUUUCACGGAAAUCAUGUCAAAAAACGUUCCUCCUUCACGAAAAGAGGCGGCUUUUGCUCUCGCAGCAUUGAUGGAAAUUCCUUCUCAGUAUAAGGCCGCAAUAGAGCUUGAUCUACUGGGUAGUCGGAAGGCUAGUGCUCCUCAGAGAGUUGCUCUCCCAACACCCUCUUAUGGUUCAGCGUCUUUUACCACUUCAAAACCUUAUGGGUCAGCAUCUUUUGGUGCUUCAAAACCUUCUCAUGCCGCUCCUAGUUUUGAACGGAGUGCACCUUCUUACCCUGACGACAGCAAACUAGUUGGCGCAGCUCCUUCAGCCCCAAGUUCUAAUUAUGAAAACCAGCUUUGCCCUAUAUGUUUGAGCGAUCCAAAAGACAUGGCCUUCGGAUGCGGGCAUCAGACAUGUUGUGAAUGUGGACAAGAUCUGGAGACGUGUCCCAUCUGUAGGAGCCCCAUCAACACCAGAAUAAAGCUUUACUGA